AUGCCAAACACGACGGGCAAGAUCUGCCAGUGGGGUUGCUACGAUGAGGAGGAUGAGGCGUGCCACGCGGGCCUCACGAACAUGCAGUGUGCGGAGAUCUACGGCCAUGUGGAGUGGAUCCAGGUGUGCGACUGUGUCGAUGAGGCGACUGGCCUCCGCGACAACGUCACGGUCGCCGCGCCGAGGUUAGAGGCCGCGAACAUCUACUUCUCCGUACCGGCCUUUGUCGUGCUCUUCCGGGAGAGUCUCGAGGUUGUCAUUGUGCUUGCCAUCAUUAUGCAGUUUUUGAACAAGAUGAUGAAGGACGGGCUCCUUGAGGAGGGGCUCUUCUACAAGUUUCGGCGGGAGGUCUACGUGGGCGCCAGCUUGGGUUUCGCUGUCUGCCUGCUUUUUGGAGUGGGCUUCUUGGCCCUGGCCUCCUUGACCUAUCAGCUGUUUGAGGGAGACAACGAACGCAUCUUCCAGUUCUGCAUGAUGAGCCUGACCUGCAUCGUGCUGACCUUCCUUGCCGUAAACUUCUACAAGAUGAUCUACACGAAGGAGGCGCACGAGCGAAAGAUGAAGAAGCAGAUGGAGGAGACUCUUGAGGCCUCGCGGGCCGCGGAAACGGGAGAGGAGGUCGGCUUUGGCCGGAAGCACGCCUUCUUCGUCCUGGCCUUCACGACCGGCCUCCGCGAAGGCCUUGAGUCUAUCGUCUUCCUGGUGGGCGUCAUCUCCGAUGUGAAGGAUCUGAGCUCCUUGCCACUUCCCAUCAUCACCGCGCUGAUCCUCGCCCGCAUCGUGGGCUGCAUCUUCUUCCAGGGCACGAAGGGCCUGAAGGUGGACUGGUUCAUGCGCAUCUCGGCCGUGCUGCUCAUGAGCAUCGCGGCCGGCUUCUUCUCCUCUUCCAUGCACCAGCUGCAGGAGCUGGACGUCUUUGGCGUCUGGAGCCCGCGCAGCGCGAGGCCCUGGCAGAACGUGAACGUCUGGGAUGCCACCGACUGCUGCAACGACAAGACCAACCGCUUCUUCGUCCUCAUGCGGGCCAUCUUCGGCUGGCAGGACCAGGCCACGCCCGUUGAGAUCUUUGCCUACAUCUUGUACUGGAUUGUUGCCACAAUCCUGGUCUCCCUGAUGAUCUGGCGCGCCAAGAAGCAGCUUGCGAAGAUGGUCGAGAAGUGGCGCGAGCUGGAUGAGGCGAAGGAGGUCAAGGAGGCGGAGGCUCCGGAGGCCGAAGGUGAAGCGCAACGUGCUUUACCCAAAGGGGCAUAUGUUCAUCGCUGUUUCUGCGGGGCACUCUUGGGCAAGCGUAGCAGUCUGAUAGUUAGUAGCUUCAAGUUGGCAAGUGUUUCGCUUUGCGAGGCGCCCGACGUGUACAAGGGGGGUGCAGACGGAACCUGCCCAACGGUCAUGACCCGGCCGGGCAAGGAGUGCAAGACCCAGUGCUUGAAAGGCUUUUCGCCCUCGGUCGAGAAGCUGCUGUGCAAGGAGGGUGGUGAGUUCGAACCGAAGGCCUUCAGCUGCACCGCCAACCCAUGCAAAGUCCUCCCGGUGGAGAACGCGCUCCAGAGCGGCUGUCAGGAAGGCCCCGGCGCGGGUGCCGCAGUCAUCGACUCUGGCCUUGUGUGCACCACGCAGUGCAAGGAGGGGUACUACCGAUCCGACGAUGUCCUGCGCUGCUACGCCGAAACGCCUCAUGGUCUGGGGAUCUUUUUGCUCCUCCGCCACCGAAUUUCAUCGAAGCCGUGUGAUGGCUCCAGCAUCUUGAAAGCCACCAGUGCAGCUGUAGCUGGAGUCAUGGGCAUACCCGGUGCAGUGCAUGAAACGGUGCACGAUGGGAGCAGUGAUGAUGCAGAUUCUGCCAUUCAGGCCGGCAUGGCCCUUCUGCAAAAUGACCUCUCUGCAGCAAUCCAGGUAGAGACGGGCAAAGAGGUGGCAACCCUUUAUCCUGGGCGAAGUCGCAAAAUCCAAAUCACAGCAGACAAGUUGAUCCGUGUCAGUCUUCGCGACGACCCCACGAUCUCCGCAGCGUGCCAGAUGGUGGAUAGCAUCUCGAAGCUGUCGGACUCUUUUGGGUCCUUCCCUGAGGCUGUGGCCGACUUUGCCGACAAGGAGCAAAAGGAGGUUGAACGGGAGCAGCGUCAGCUGCGGAAUCGGAAGAUGCGCAUAGAACGCCAUCUGGCAGAUCAGCAGAAGCAAAAUGUGUUCAUCUUCUCAAGCUUUGUUCUUAUCAUCGCAUUCCUGCUUUUUGUCGCGGUUGGCUUGUUCAUCAUGCGAGAGCCAGACGAAGAGGCCGGUGUAGCUGUGAUGUUCAACGUGGGUUUGGUGCUGCUGCUUAUUCUUAUGGGGGGGAUGGCCUACGUACUUCAGGUCACAGGCGUGACAAUCUUCUCCACAAGACUUGUGAAGUACUUUGCGCUUUAUCUUGGCUUCUUCUGCUGGUUUCUUUGCAUCGGGGUUGUGGCCGUGGGCAUUGCUCGCUAUGUGAGGGCCGGCCAUUGGUGGUCCGUGCUGCUUGCCGGAAUCCCUGGGUGCUGCAUCUGCUCUUGCAUGUCGGGACUUUGGUGUUUUUGCUCCUUGCAAAAUCGCAUCGAGCUGUCCGAAGCGCAGGACAUGAAACACAUCGCAGAACGCACCAUCGUCUUCCAUGGCAACGUCCGUAAGGGCACGAGGCCCUGCAUUUGCUCUUGGCCCGGGGUCUAUGCAUCGGCCUGGGAUGCCCUAGUAGAGGGUAGCCGCAAGGGCGAAAUCAGUGCAGCUGUUGUCUUUUUGCCUGAGGGCUCACGGCAUUUCGGCAAGCACGACCCCAUUCCCAACACCGAAGAGCUGAAAGGCAGUUGCUGGUGCUUUCCCCUCUAUGGUGAAAAGAAGCCCUGGGGCUGUCGAUGGUGGACAGAAUGGACAGGGAACAUUGAGAAAGCUGUGCGGAGAGGUGCCGAACUUGAGGUAUAUUUCUUCAAGGCCAUGAAGGGUAAAGGGAAAGUGCACGACUUCUCGACAGCUGGCAAAGAGCAUCUGCGGCGGGACGCGAUUCGCGCAAAGAAGGACCAGUUUCUAGCGUCACAAAGAUUUUGCGAUGCAUGCAGUGCAGGAAUUGGAGAUCUCUCAAAGCAAUGCCGCGGAGAUUCCUCCUCACAAUACUCGCGAGAGGUAAACCGCUUAUUUCUGGAGUGGCUUUCAGAAGAAGAUCGCGCUUUCCUUCAAGACUCCGAAGGUCUUGGGAAUUCACAAAAAGCGGAGGUGGCAUGGCUGGAAAGGAAAGGCUAUGCCUACACAGAAGUGGAGGUAGAUGUAUCUAAAUGGGUCAGGUAA